AUGGGCCUGAAAGGGUUAAUGCAUACAACAUACCAACAGAUCAAACAACUUGAUAAUCAUAUUUUACCUUAUUUAAAACAUCUUUCAAUUCAAAAUAUGCAUUUAUCACUUUCAACUGAUUUGCCUGAUAUAUGUAACAAAAUAUUUUCGAAUGAUUCUUCUCAUUUACAAUCUUGCUUUUUAUCGAAUAAAACAAUCAUAAAAAGAACACAACAAUGGAUGCAAAUGCCAUCAUUACGUGUUUUAAAAGUCGGACUUAUCAAUUUAUUGGCUUAUAAAGCCACUCUAUCAUCAUGUCCAAAUUUAUAUUCUUUUAAAUUUAUUACAUUUGUCGAGACUGAAAUACCUUCUGAAAUCAAAUCACAUUUAAAUAUUAAACGUUUAAUAUUAAAGAAUGAUUAUUUUUUUAAAUCUUGGGAUAAUCGUAUUAUUGAAACUUAUCUUUCAUGUGUACCCAAUCUCGAACAACUUUGCAUGUAUCGUCAUAUUUUCAGUUCAAAUAUGAAAAACUGUCUAACGAAUUAUGAUUGGUGUGCAUCAUUAAUUGGUUCGCAUUUGCCAUUACUUCGUCGAUUUAAUUUCUAUCUACAUGUCGUUGAAUUAGAAAAUGUCGAUAUAGAUAAUAUUGUUCGCCAAUGUAUAGAAAAUUUUCAAUCUGCUCAUAAUACUAGAUAUCAAUCUUGGUUUGUUAUAAAACGCUCACCGAUGCCAAAUCUUCUUGAACGAAAAACUCCGUUGUAA